AAUGAAUAAAAAAGAUGGCUUUGCAUUAAAAAGAAUCUUUAUCUAUAUUGUUUUUGGCUUAAUAAUACUCUUUACUUGGUUUCAGCUUGACUCGGUCAAAAAGUCGCCUGAUCAGAAACAUACUCACUCAUUUAACUUGGAGGUAGACCCUCCUACCUGGCAUAUUCAGACACUAGAAAAUGAACCCGCACUGACACAAAAAAGUCUAUUCCCACUCAGUGCAUUUUCGAAACAAAAUCAACAAAGAUUACCGCCCAUCACAGCGAUUAUUAAUCGAGUGGAAAAGAGGCAACAAGGCAUUGUUCAUGCUGUUCAACAUUUAGCGAAAUAUCCUUUUGUCAAGGAAAUCUUGAUUUAUAAUUCAUUCAAGAGUCCAUUGGAUGUCAAGUCAUUUUAUAAUGGUACAGACAUACAAAUUCAAGUGAUCCAAACAGACGCCUCCUUAUUUAACGUAGGCAAAUUUACUGCUUGUGCUGUUGCUUCAUUUGAUAUGUGUUAUUUUCAAGAUGAUUUAUGGUUGAAUACAUACUUGGAUAGUCUCUAUACCCAUUCACUUCGUUAUCCAGAUCAAUUUGUUGUGAAUUCAAGACCUUCUAAUUAUAUUGACUAUAUGACAUGGCGAUUUCAAAAUCAAGCCAUUUCUCUUCAUACAGGCUAUGCCGACAUGCGAUAUGGUGCAUUUGUAUCUCGUCAAAAGGUACAGGCCUUUCUUAGUCAAAUGAGUGUACAUGGCUUGGAAGGUGAAUCUAAAUUCAGAUUUAUUGAGAUUUAUUUUUCAAUUUGGCUGAAUCAAUAUCCUUACUUAAUAUCCAACCCUUUAUUGUCCUUUGGUCGAGACAGUUUUAAACAUUUAGACAGCGUUAACAAUAGGAAGUUUGUACAAUAUCAUAUGUACCAUGCAUUGUCUAUAUUAGAAUCCAAUCUAAACAACAAUAGUCUCUUGGGUGAACAAGACCAUUACUUUACCAAGACUGAAGCAACACCGCCUGUAGAAGAAAGAGAUGUUAGAUCAAGCUGCGCUAAUGACCGUUGUUUGUUUAUCACAAAUAUCCAUGCAAUGCCAAUAGAACAACCCUUAUUUAAUUCAAGCUUUAUUUCCAACAUGUCUGACUAUGAACAGGUCUAUCAGCAUACUUGGCCCAAUUUGCCUAAACCAACCAACUAUAUCUACCAAUCCUAUUAUAAAGCAGUAGAUCAAGAUACAGAGACAUGUUGGAAUACAUUGAAAAGUAAGUCGAUAUGUGUUUUCAUAAGUGUAUUCACCCUAUGUAGAUCCAACUGAAGACGAUUAUUUUGGUUUAUAUAUGACAGGUGAUAUACAAGCAAGAAGAGUGAUACUCUAUACGCCGAAUGAACUCACUUUACCAUUAAAUGAACUGUUUAGAGUGACAGUUCAGUAUGUGAUGUAUGGUUCCUGGAAUGAUUGUGAUAUUGAAUUGACACCAAAUACACAAUUGAAUUAUCGCAUUGGAUUCAAUUUCAAAUGUCCUUACCAACAACCUUUUAAAUCGAUACGUAUUUCCUUUAGACAAGACAUACAAGUACCCUUUGAAUUAUGUGGUAUAGGUCUUGAUAAUUUUGUAGUCUAAUCAUAAUAAAGUCCGAUAUUGAUCUUCUUGUUCUUUUAUCAUGAUUGCUCUCUCUCUCUCUCUCUCUCUCUCUUUUCUUGUUCUUCUUUUUGAUCUCUUUUACUAUGCUUUCUAUUCAGGUAUUUUUUUCUUUUAUU